GGGUUUUACUUUCGCCCUUGAAGAAAGAGAAACAGGCAGCGAAGAAGAACCUGAUUUUUGUCUGCUUGGAUCAGCCGGGGAGAUCUGUUCUAUAAACAUCUUUUCCAAGCAGAUCCGUUCCAGUUUCUCAUCAAUUACAUUCUUCUUCCUUCAUUUACUCGAGUGUUCAUCGAUCCAUAGACAACAGCAACGAUGAAUAUAUUCAGACUUGCAGGAGACAUGACUCAUCUCGCCAGCGUCCUCGUCUUGCUGCUAAAGAUACACACCAUCAAAUCCUGCGCUGGGGUUUCUCUGAAGACUCAAGAGCUCUAUGCACUGGUGUUUGCUACUCGUUACUUGGAUAUAUUCACAGACUUCAUCUCAUUAUACAACACAACCAUGAAAUUAAUAUUUCUUGGAAGCUCUUUCUCUAUAGUCUGGUAUAUAAGGCGCCACAAAAUUGUCAGAAGAUCCUAUGAUAAAGAUCAAGACACCUUUCGCCAUUAUUUUCUUGUGCUUCCUUGUUUGCUUUUAGCCCUACUUAUUCAUGAAAAGUUCACUUUCAAAGAGAUAAUGUGGACAUUUUCUUUAUACUUGGAAGCUGUUGCAAUACUUCCUCAACUGGUUUUGCUUCAAAGAACAAGAAAUAUCGAUAAUUUGACUGGUCAAUAUGUAUUUCUUCUAGGAGCAUAUCGUGGAUUGUACAUUUUCAAUUGGAUCUAUCGUUACUUUACUGAGACUCAUUAUGUCCAUUGGAUCACUUGGAUAGCAGGACUAGUUCAGACAUUGCUGUAUGCUGAUUUCUUCUACUACUAUUUUGAAAGCUGGAAGAACAAUGUAAAACUUCAAUUACCAGCUUGAGGGCAUGAUAAUAUGAUAGAGGCAGGAGAUACCUGAUAGUGUUCUAAGAAUCCUUACCUUAUUAUAUACUUUGUUUUUACUUUUUAUUACACUUUUUGUACUCAACUCUUUAUAAUGAGACUGUAAACAUCCCCCCCCC